GAGAAGUGGUUGAAACAUUCAAGAAUGGGUUGUGCUGGAAAACUAAGUAGUGCAGAUAGGAUAUUGAAGCUUCUUUUUCUUCUUCUUCAAUCAUCUGCAAAUGUUUCCAUUCUGGUUAUGGUGAUGAUUUCAUGCAGUUUGGAGAAGGGGAAUGCUUCUGAAGCUCACUACCACACUCUUCCACUCACUUCCAUGCUUCCACCUUUAGUCUGCAAUCCCACCACUUCCAAAGGUCCGGGUAGAAAGGCAUCCAUGAAGGUUGUUCACAGGUUCGGUCCCUGCUCAGCUCGGGGCGGAGACUCGCCAACCAUGACGGAGAUUCUGCUGCUCGACCAGUCUCGAGUUGAAUCAAUACAAGCCCGACUCAGAUCUAUCAGCUUGGGCAAGAACAAUCUUAAUAGCGAAUCUGUAGAUCUCCCGGCGGUGAACCCUAACCCAGGGGGCGUGGGAAACUACAUCGUGACGGUGGGACUUGGGACGCCGGCAAAAGAUGUGGAGCUAGCGUUUGACACCGGCAGCCACCUGACGUGGACUCAAUGCGAGCCGUGCGCGGUGGAGUGCUACCAACAGCGCCUCCCAAGAUUCAACCCCGCCGCUUCAACAACCUAUUCCAACCUAAAUUGCAACUCCCAAGCCUGCUCCCAGCUGGAGGCCGCGACGAAUCUCCCCGGCCAAUGCGAGGAUUCCACCGCCACGUGCUCCUACCAAACCUCGUACCUCGACGGAUCACACUCCAUAGGUGAGCUGGCGACGGACAGGCUAACCUUAACCUCCACGGAUGUCGUGGAUGGCUUCAUAUUUGGGUGCGGCCAAAACAACAGCUUAAUCUCUGGCGUCGAGUAUGGUGGACUGAUGGGUUUAGGGACUGCUUCUCUCUCUAUCGUCUCCCAAACAUCUCAACAAUUCGGCAACUACUUCUCCUAUUGUCUCCCCACCCCAACAGGAUCUGACGGACAUUUAACAUUCGGGAAAAACAGUGCUAACGCUAAUAAUCUCAACUACACACCAUUCUUGAAGGACAAAGUUGGCUACUACUACAUUGAGAUCUUGGGCAUAAGCGUUAACGGACAGCCGCUGUCAAUCUCUCCGGAAGUGUUCCAGAUCCCCGGGACCAUCAUAGACUCCGGCACCGUCAUAACCCGCCUCCCCACGCCAGCCUACACCGCUCUGCGCGAUGCUUUCAAGCAGCAUAUGACAAUGUAUCCGGAAGUAGUACUACAACAACCCCAACUGAAGAAGCUGUUCGACACUUGUUACGACUUCACCAACUAUCCUAACCCAACCAUACCGGAUAUAAGCUUCACGUUUGGUGGUAAUCUGGAGGUUCAUUUGGAUCCUAGAGGGGUGAUGGCGCCUCUAAAUAACGGCGGCUCAGCAGUGUGUCUGGCGUUUUCGUAUUCUACAGAUGGGGGGAUUUUCGGAAACUAUCAACAGCAGACGUUUGAUGUGGUGUAUGAUGUUGCCGGAGGGCAGCUGGGGUUUGCCUCCGGUGGUUGUUCUUGAGCUUUUCUGGUGAUUGGAGCCUGAAUCAGAACUAUGGGUUUAACAUUUAUGAAUGCAGUAUACAUUGUGUGUUAUAUAAGAAGUAUGGAAUAGCUAAAUAAGUUGAGCCUAGAAGUUCAACAAAAGCAAUUAUGCUGGUUUAAUAUAUAUAAAGAUUAAGAAAAUAUGAAAUACUAAACUGUUUACCUCUUCCUAUUGA